AUUCGCAGUUACGCACUACUGUGAAAUUGCAACACGUUGCAAUUCAAUCCAGAAUAAUUUCAAAAAUGUUAAAUUGUUAUGCACGAUACCUUCGCAAUCCAGUUGAUUUGUUCAUGCGUUUAAAGAAUCAAGAAAGUCAUGAAAUGAACGAGUACGAAUAGAAAAAUUAAUAUUAUUAUAUGAACAGUUGCUGUUUGCUGGUUACGUUUAUUUCACGUUACCAUUAUAACGUAGAAUUUUACUCAACUAUACACGCGGUUACGAAUAUAUUGUAACAUGAUAAACCAAAAUAUUGUACACAAAAAUUCGGUCUUCUAGAUUUCAAAAGAAAAUAUACAAAUUUAACUUCCAACGUCUGGCUGGAAUACAAUGAAAAAUAUGGAAGGCAUGAAAGCUAAGCGAGAUGCAAGAAGAAAGCGAAUUUUAGAGAAUUCAGAAAAACGUUUGUUAAAAAUCACUGGCCUAAAUGGUGAUACAAAAUUGGAAGAUACAUCUAGUCAAACCUCGUUUAUCUAUAGAAACAUGCAAGAGGAUACAUUACAACCAGACAUAAAUGGUACAAUAUCAGAUGAUCGAAUUAAGAAUGCAGAUAUUCUUGAGUCUGAUGAUAUUCGGAAUGGUAUAUUGACCUCUCCAAAAGAUAAAUGUAAUGACAUAAGAACAGAAGCCAAGAAUGUUCAUAAUACUCUUGCUCGAAUGAAACUUCUGCCACCUAUAUUGCUAAUAAAUCGUACAUAUUAUAUGCUACUAGCUUUUAUUCUUAACAUAUUACUUGUUUUAGAAUUGGAUUACUUAUUUGGAGAGACAAUCGUUAUGCCAUGCCUUCUGAUGAUGCUGGGUCGUUUGUACGGCUGUACAAAUACACGGGAGACAGAAGGCGGUAGUCUUUUGUGCACCGCUUUGAUCUUAUGUAAUAUUAAACCCGAAGUGACUUAUCGAGUUAAAAAGUUUGUAACGCUGCUCCAUCUGGUAGUGGAAGAUUUGGCUGUAUACAUUUUUAGUUUCAGUCUAAUGCAUUAUGCCUUUUUUCAUUGUUUACGCAAGAUCGAUAUUUUAGAAUACUAAGUCAAGCAGAAGUACACAAAACACGCUUAUUCGGGGGAAUUUUGUAAAGGUUUUAUAGAAAAUAAAGAUACAUGGCAAUACAUCGAA